UAUAAUCUAGCUCUAGAUCCCCCAACACAGUUUUCAAGGAAAAGAUUUCUGUGCAUACAUCGAUCGUGAACUGCCAAAUUCUUUUUACCACAUGCAUUAAAUUCGGAAUUGUUGUGAAAAUUAAAACACUUUCAGGCGGACCAAUAUAUUUUAGAUCUAGACCUAAGGCGUGGUACUAUGCCCGAGAUGUGUUUCUUUAGCUGUAUAACUCGGUUCCUGUUCUUUGUUUAUGGCACUUUGGGGCCGGCUUGGCACACCUACAAGACACUAAACAGCGGAGACGAGGAGUUCCUGGCCUGGGCCAAGUACUGGAUAGUCUACGCCUUUCUGGUCACCAUCGAGGUGCUGGCGGACAUCUUCUUUUCGUGGCUGCCGCUCUACAUGCCCACCAAGUUCCUUUUGGUCCUGUGGAUUGUCCUGGCUGCUCCGUCGGCAAAUGUCUGGAUAUUCGACGCCAUCCUUCGUCCGAUUUUAGCCAAGCGGCAGGAGCAGAUCGACCACUUCUUGCACAGGGGCAAGGACAAGCUCCUGAGCGACGCCAUAUCUUCGAUGACACAGUUGUUAUCCAGCAGUCAAGCCGUGGUGCUGCCCUUUAUGACCCAUCUCUGGUCGAGGUCGAGAAGCUCUCUGCCGGACCCUGUGAGAUCCAACGACUUGGUGUACGCCACUGGAGGAGGAGGAGGUGUGGUCAUGGCUUCAGAUGACACUGAUUCGGCAUCCGCCUCGGUCCGCACAUCCGCCCAGAAUCUGUCCAGUGGCUCCAGUCCCGCAGACAGCUUAAUGUAUGUCAACCAUAAUUCAGAAGAGAUCCAGGUGGGCGUGUCAAAGGCCACCACCCAGCUGCGCGCGGAUCACUCUGUAAAGGAUCUGGCGAAGAAGCAUAUCUUGUCACUGGAGUCAUCUGGCAUCCUUAAUCGCCGAGUUCAACGCAAACCGAAAAUAUUCAAGGCGUCUAACGAUGAGUCUGCCAUUGGCAUUUCCUCCGAAACAAAGCUUACCUCUCAGAAAGAGGAUUUACAUGACGAUGUUGAGGAUCUGCUGGCCAAGUCGAGGAUCGAAGCUAAUGGCCAGGAAGUCCGUCAACAACGUCAGCUGGGCAACCGCCGCCGUAUCUAAUCAGCACUUCGUGCACAACCAGAUGGUAUAUGAUUAUUACUCUUAAAGCCCCAAAUGAGAUUACAAUUUAGUUAUAAGAAAUAAAUUAAAAAUGAA